AGGUAUGAAAGAACUCUCUCCUCCUCCUCUGAACCUGCGGCGUCUCUACACUGAGACUCUGGAAUGGGAGCCGGUGUUGAUCAUCAUCUCUCCAGGCGCAGACCCAUCCCAGGAGCUUGCAGAACUAGCAGCUGAAACUAUUGGCAGGGACAACUAUCAUGAGAUCUCCAUGGGUCAGGGACAGGCUGAUGUGGCCUUAGCUACACUCAGAGAAUGUUCCCGAAAUGGAGACUGGCUUUGCCUGAAAAAUCUUCACCUUGUCACUACAUGGCUACCCCUCCUGGAAAAAGAGCUUAAUGUGCUACAUCCCAAAGCAGGCUUUCGUCUCUGGCUGACAGCAGAAGUUCACCCCAGAUUUCCUCCCAUACUGCUGCAGUCCAGCCUCAAGAUCACUUAUGAGGCUCCUCCUGGGUUGAAGAAGAAUCUGCUGAGAACAUAUGAGUCGUGGACUCCAGAGCAGAUCAGUAAAGGAGGUAUCCUUGCCAGAGCCCAGUCUCUGUUCUGUCUGGCUUGGUUCCAUGCUGUCUGCCAAGAGAGACGCAACUACAUACCACAGGGUUGGACUAAGUUCUAUGAGUUUUCUUUGUCGGACCUCCGUGCUGGCUUUGAAAUCAUCGACAGGCUGUUUGAAGGUGGUAAACCUUUCCAGUGGGAGUUUGUCCAUGGCCUGUUGGAGAGUGCAAUCUAUGGUGGACGCAUCGACAACCCCUCUGACCUCCGUAUCUUACGCUCUUACCUGGAGCAGUUCUUCUCUGCAAAUCUCCUCUCAUCCUCUCUCUCAGCUGGUCAGAGAAGGAGCAGAGGAGGAACACGCUACUUUCCACCUCAGAUCAGCCUCCCAAACUCUUGCUCCAUAUUGGACUACCGCAGCGUAAUAGAGAAUCUCCCUGAGGAUGACAGACCCGCAUUCUUUGGUCUGCCUGCCAACAUAGAAAGAUCCUCACAGAGAAUCAUCAGCUCCCAGGUGAUUUCCCAGCUGCGUGUCCUGAGCCGCUCAGUAGCAACAGGUUCAAAGUUUGACAGGGAGCUCUGGUCGAAUGGACUUUCACCCAUCCUUCACUUGUGGAAGAAACUCAACCAGGGUUCUACUCUGAUCCACCAGAAGGUGGCUUCACCAACAGAAGGUCAGGGGUCACCGGUCUUGUCAUUCAUCACUCUGGAGCAGUUCAACGCCAUCCGCUUGGUCCAGAGUAUCCACCAAUCCCUUGCUGCACUGAGCAAGGUCAUCAGAGGGACCCAACUGCUAACUCCCGAAGUCCAAAAACUGGCCACCGCUCUGCUCAAUCAAGAGUGCCCUUUGACAUGGCAGAAUAAAUGGGAGGGACCAGAAGAGCCAAUGCAGUACCUCAGAGCUGUAGUAACACGGGCUCUGGCCAUAGAGAGUUGGGUGGAGCGUGCAGGCAGACAUGCUCUUCUGUCAGACACCUUAGAUCUAGCUGAGCUCUUCCACCCUGACACCUUCCUCAACGCUCUGAGACAGGAAACCGCCAGGUCCAUGGGUUGUUCUAUGGAUAGUUUGGUGUUUGUCUCAUCAUGGAGGAGUCCCAUUGUGCAGGCCAAGCUGCAAGUCAAGGUUGGAGGUCUCCAGUUGGAGGGUUGUGGUUUUGAUGGUGUUCAUCUUUGUGAGAAUCAACAUGACUCUCCCAGUGUGUCAGCGGUCCCUCCCUGUUACAUGGCCUGGGUUCCACAAAACUCUGCUGCUGACUCCACUGCAUCAGAGGAGAGUAUCUGGCUGCCUCUCUAUACGAGCUCAGAGAGAGUGAAGGUGGUCACACACAUCUGUCUGCCCUGUGGAGCAAACCCCAACCAGUGGAUACAAACCGGAGCUGCUCUCUUUCUCAAACAGCAGUGAAAGAACGUCAUCUUAGUGAGGACAAGCACAGUAACAACAGGGGGUUUUGUCAAGCACUGUAAGCCUUAGGUGGUGAUGAUGUUGUCAUGAAAGGUAGAUUUGACUGGGUAAACCAAUAACAGGACAAAUUUGUCUGCAUCAUUUUCUGAUUAAGCGCCUUAGCUUGGAGACCUUGCUGUUACUUAAUGUCACUAUCAUUUCUCUAAUAUGAUACAAGGGAAUGUACCAGAAGAGAAGAAAACAACAACACUAAUACAUUAAUUAUACUUCAUUUCUUUUCCUUUCAUGGACCUUUCAUGGGUAGACAGCGAAAUGGAGCAGCCAUAACAUCCAUAGAGAGAUAAAAACAUGGCCCGCAGGUUGUAAAAAGCUUUGAUACCUCUGAAUUCUCAUUCAGUUAGCCUUAUAAAACACUACUCCAUUCAUCUUAUACAUUUCAUAUAGUAGUGUACAACUGUAUAUCUGUAAUUCUUGUUAUUGUGUUGAAAGAGUUUUUAAAGGAAGCAGCAGCAUCCAAAUUUCAUGUUUGCAUCAUGUAUUUUGUGUAUUUUGCUGAAAGUCUUUGUCUUGAACAGUUAUUUUUGUUGCCUGAGUGUAUUUUUGAGUUGUAUUUAUUCACAAUAAAGAUCAUUCAUUGCUA